AUGGCAGCAGCAGGCGGUGCGGCUAGCAUCCUCACGCAGGUGCAGCAGACAGGGCCAGCGCCCAUCAACACAGCGUUGGGAGGAGGCUCGGACGAGAACAUCACCCUGGAAUUGCGCGGCCAACGAUUCACUCUUUCCCGCGAUGAACUUUUGACGCUCCCGGAGUUCGUUCUGCUCUCGCUAUUCCCCAACGGCUUGCUGCCGGAUGGCCAUAUGAACAGUUAUCACGACGGCGAUGUCUAUCCAGUCGACUACGAUCCGCUGUCUCUCCAGUACAUGUUGGAAUUCUUCCGUCAUGUGGCACAAACGAUCCCCCAAUCCUCGGACGAGUCUGCCCAAGGCGAAGGACCCAACACCAUGCCGAUCGAGCCCAUGCCUGGCAACGCGCGUGACAUGCUUCAAGACCGAGCCGGAAUCAUAGUGCUCCGCGAGGACUUGGACUUUUAUGCUAUUCCUCCACGAAAGGACGUCGAGCAAAUGGAGAUGAUCAACAUCAAACGGGCCGCCAGCAGAGCGCUGUUGAAGCAGGAUGGCAUCUUUUCCGGCCUGCGGAAGAGCGAAGAGCCAGGCACCACGGAGCAGCAUCUCAUUGAGAUGCUGACAGCUGGCGGAUUCAACCACGAAGACAUCUGGGGGCACCGCGCAGCAGAGCCACAAAAGGCCGUCAUUUGCUCAAUUGCCUUGGCACGCUUACGAACUGACAUCAAGGGCGACACUGCGGGAGCCGCCAAUGCCGUAGGAAUGGCCCAGAAGCUGUUAUUGUUUUGGAGAAAGCCAGCCCGAAGAUGUUGGUGGGAAGGUGUCGAGUUGGAAGGCGUCGAGGGCGUUGAAGGCAAACUCAAGGUCUGGAUACGACGGGUGUGGACGUUGGAGAUGAGCGUCAUAGGAUUGCGCUAA